UAAUCCAUAAUAAACGGGCUAGUUUUUGUUAAUUGGCCAGUAAAAUGUACGUGGAAGACUUCAAGGAACGUUUACCCGAAAUUUCGGAUGCUUUGGAGUUGUAUCGGAUCCAGCUGGAAGCCCCAGUCCCAAUACCGAUUCUAUGCGAUGAUAUUCUGGCAGAUAAGCCCAGUUUCCUUGGCCAAGACUACCACGGAGCAAUCAGCCACGUGAACGCCUCCGACCUGCUAAAUUCCCAAGAAAAUGGGGCUUACUUGGUGCGAAGCAGCAAGUCGGCAAACGGUCAAUUUUACACGCUGAGUUUAAAAUUCAACAGCAAAAUUCACCACUACAAGCUCUAUGUGGAUCCUGACGGAGGCCUCUAUGUGAGGGAGAAACGUUAUGAUUGUGCUCGAUCCCUGGUUGCUGAUGGAUUAGUUACCAUGUAUUUAGAGCUGAAGGCGCCCAUGAUUUUGCAAAGGUUGACCAGCGUGAACUACCACGAAAGCCCCUACAUGACUUUCACGCUAAACAAGCGGAAAUUGCGAGCCCUGUCCAAGCAGAACGCUCUAAACAAGAGCGUAUCGGAAAGCAAUUUUGCGCCCAACAAUAUCCCACUGUCUCAGCAAAUAUUGGGGCACAAUCUGCCGGAAAAUGUUGCCCCAGUGAAGCCCCACGUGUUUAAGCCCACCACAUUCAAGGGCUUGAACUGGUGCGAACUUUGCGCCAACUUUUUAUGGGGCUUCACCCUGCAAGGCAAAAAGUGUGAGGAUUGUGGCGUGAUUGCACACAUUAAAUGCUCGGAAAAAUUCGCCAACGAUUGCGUUCCCGACCUGAAGUAUCUACGCGGGGUGUUUGGAAUCGAACUAACCACCCUGCUGAGCGCCUAUAAAACGGAAAUUCCCUUUGUGGUGAAGAAAUGCGUGGCUGAAGUCGAAGCCAGGGGCCUGACGACUGAGGGAAUCUAUCGCCUCAGUGGAUUCGCCGAUGAAAUCGAUGCCAUUAAAAUGGCUCUGGAUAAAGACGGUGAAAAGGCGGAUUUGUCGAUGGAGAAGUACCCGAACGUGAACGUGAUCACUGGGGCCCUGAAACUUUACCUUCGGAUCCUCCCAGUGCCUUUGAUCACUUUCGAAAUACAUCCCCGACUUAUUGACGCCAUUCAGCAUUCCGACCAGGAUUUGCGACUGUCGUCAAUUAAACAUGCUCUGCUGCUCUUGCCAAAGCCCCACUACGACACGUUGAAGUUCAUGAUUCAGCACCUGCACAGGGUGGCUCGACACGCGCCAAUCAACAAAAUGAACGCCCUCAAUUUGGCCACGGUUUUUGCGCCCACUCUCAUCCAUCAUCCGCCCAAUAUUAUUCCGGACGUUCGGAGCGACAUUUUGCUGCUGGAAGUGAUGAUCAAUAAAUGCGAAACCGUUUUUUUUAAGUAGCGCAAAUUGAGGCGGUUUGUGAUGGUUGCUGGCUUUUCCGCUCGUGGGGAAAAGUUGUAUUUAUUUUAUAAUGGUCUUGUAGUCGUUUUAUAUGCUUGUGCGUCUAAUGGUUAUACAUUUAAUGUUGCGUCUCUAGGUUGGCAAAGUCCCCAGGUUUUUAAAUUUGUCAUUUUUUAGCUCUCUAUCAAAAUACAGUGCACAAACCCGGCAAAAGUUGGCACUGAACGUUACUCGAUUUGUGAUAUAAACGCGAAACUCGAAAUAUUUCCCUGCCCUUUUUCACAUAAACAUUCCCUUAGUGGUUGCGUUUUAUUAUGUUCUCUAUGUGCUUAGUGUUACGGACAGCAACCAUACAAAUUAAGAAGCGUGAAUGGGGCGCUUGGUAGCAUGCGGAAAAAGUUUGAUUUUAAGCGUCUCAUUGGCGCUGCUUAAAUCAGGUAUUUUUAGACAGUUUUACAUGUGAAGUCUUGAAGAAUGGAAAAUAUAUCCGCAUACACUUUGA